AUGCAGGGCUUGGUGCGCGUGCCGGACUUCACGACGGGGAAGGUAACAGUCGGAGAUGUUCAUGUUCAUGGAAGUGGCGAAUGCGAUCAGCUAGGUUUGGGUGACGAUAUGCGAGAGCGCAAGAAGCCCACGAUCUUGAAGUCCCUGAUCGGGAAAAGCAUUUGCGAAAUUGCUGUGGGUGCCAUGCACGUUCUUUGCCUUUCCACAGGGGGAGCUUUGUACAGCUGGGGCUGCAACGAUGAUAGGGCCCUGGGCAGAGCUCCUUCGGAUGGUUCGGACGGUGGCCCGUCGGAUGUAGAGCCACAUCUGGUGACAAUGCCAAGUGGAGUCGCCGUUCGCCAUGUUUCGUGUGGAGACUGCCAUAGCUGUGCCUUGGAUGAGAAGCGCCGGGUCUGGUCAUGGGGAACGUACAAGGAUUCCAACGGUUAUAUCGGCAUCGCACAGAAGCGCAAGCAGGAAGCGGAGGUCCUGGAGAAGAGCGCAGAACCGACGCUGGUCCUGGAGGGGUGCCUGCAAAUUGCAAGUGGUGCCAACCACACGGUGGCGCUAGCAGCUCCGAGUGGUCACUAUCAGGUGUUUGCGUGGGGCUCUAAUGCCACGGGACAGCUUGGUCUGCAAGACGCUUGUGGAUUCUCCGAGCGCACCCUGCCGUGCUCGGGCAGCGUUGCAGGCCUGGCACCGCGUGAAGGCGGAGGCUGUGAAGUCGCUGGCGAGCAGGUCGUGCGCAUUCAUGAAGCUGAUGGCUCUGUGCGUGCUGCUACUUCCAUGACUGCCGAACAGGUCCAGCAAGCCGUGGUGCAAGGUGCAACUGCCCUGGUUCUGCAGGUUGCAGAGCGAGAGGUCCCCAAACCAGAGAAGCAGAAACUGCUACAGCCACAACACGUACCGCUGGAAGUGGCUGCUGGGGAGCUUGUUGCUUCCGGGGUGCAUGCCAGCGCCGAGUGCAGCUUCAUAACAUUCGAGGACGGUGCCGUUUUCGGUUGUGGGUUGAACGGCCAUGGCCAGGUUGGACUUGGGUUUGUGAGCAUGGCCGUGCAGCAGCUUCAGGCAGUGCCCGCUGUGCGAUGGGCUUCUUGGAUAGGCGGUGGGCUGGACAGUGCCGCAGCGCUGGUGGAUGGACGCGUGUUCACUUGGGGCAAGGCAGAGGAAUGCGGCAUCGGCUUGGGGGAGAAGGAUGCUCCGGUGCUGCAGCCUCGAGAAGUUCAGGGGCUUCCGAGAGUUCGAGCACUGCGUUGUGGAGGCCAUCACAUGUUGGCCAGCACGGAGGGCGGAGACCUAUUUGUGUGGGGUUGUGGCUUGACGCAUCAGCUCGCCAACCGGCCACGGGACGUGUCAAACCCCGCUGAUGCAGAUGAGGAGCCCACAGAUGAGCUGAGACCCUACCACGUGUCUUCGAAGCAGCUGCAGUCGCGCUUUGUGAUUGUGGCAGAUGGGGGAGCUCAGCACAGCGUGGAGCUAGCAUGGGGAGGCGAGUACAGCACGCUCAGGCAGGACGAAGCUGUCAACGUGAUAUCAGAUGCGCUUGCCGGUCACCUGCGAUCGGGUGCCCAUGGGUCUGCACACCCUUCCAAUAUCUGCCCCAUCAGCCGGAACACGAAGCGGUUGGAGUACAACUGGUUCGGAUUGAACCUUUCGGUCAUUGUGCUGAAAGAAAACUGCUUCGCUGGCUUCGCGAACUUGGAUGAUGGCAAGUGGAAGUGCGACACCUGCUCCUUGCGCUGGGAUGAGAGCACGAUCCAAUGCAAGGCCUGUGAAAGCUACAAGCCGGGCUUUUCUGCAGAAGAUGCAGCCAAGAUUGAGGCCGAGAAGGAAGCCCGCAAGGCCUCGACCAUAGCCAUGUUUCGAAGCUCAUCCGAUGCAAAACCGACAGGCUUUGCUUUCGGGAGCGCUAGCACAAGUGGCACGGCCUUUGGCACAAGCACAGCUGGGUCACUGGUUUUUGGCUUCAGUGCGGGCACUCCUGCACAAUCUGGCGGUAUCGGCGCACCUGGAAGUUUUGGCAGCGGCUUUGGCCAGAGCGGCAGCGGCACGGGUGCUGUCACCUUCGGUUUCGGAAGCCAAGCCGUCAACUUUGGAAUCACUGCAGAUUCCGCACUGGCCAGCGCCAAGACGAAGGUGUUGGACGAGCCGCCGGACUUCACUGCGACAGGGAAGGUACCUGUCGGAGAUGUUUUUGUUCAUGGAAGUGGCGAAUGCGAUCAGCUAGGUUUGGGUGAUGAUAUGCGUGAGCGCAAGAAGCCCACGAUCUUGAAAUCCCUAAUCGGGAAAAGCAUUUGCGAAAUUGCUGUCGGUGCCAUGCACGUUCUCUGCCUUUCCACAGGGGGAGCUUUGUACAGCUGGGGCUGCAACGAUGACGGGGCCCUGGGCAGAGCUCCUUCGGAUGGUUCGGACGGUGGCCCGUCGGAUGUAGAGCCACAUCUGGUGACAAUGCCAAGUGGAGUCGCCGUUCGCCAUGUUUCGUGUGGAGACUGCCAUAGCUGUGCCUUGGAUGAGAAGCGCCGGGUCUGGUUAUGGGGAACGUACAAGGAUUCCAACGGUUAUAUCGGCAUCGCACAGAAGCGCAAGCAGGAAGCGGAGGUCCUGGAGAAGAGCGCAGAACCGACGCUGGUCCUGGAGGGGUGCCUGCAAAUUGCAAGUGGUGCCAACCACACGGUGGCGCUAGCAGCUCCGAGUGGUCACUAUCAGGUGUUUGCGUGGGGCUCUAAUGCCACGGGACAGCUUGGUCUGCAAGACGCUUGUGGAUUCUCCGAGCGCACCCUGCCGUGCUCGGGCAGCGUUGCAGGCCUGGCACCGCGUGAAGGCGGCGGCUGUGAAGUCGCUGGCGAGCAGGUCGUGCGCAUUCAUGAAGCUGAUGGCUCUGUGCGUGCUGCUACUUCCAUGACUGCCGAACAGGUCCAGCAAGCCGUGGUGCAAGGUGCAACUGCCCUGGUUCUGCAGGUUGCAGAGCGAGAGGUCCCCAAACCAGAGAAGCAGAAACUGCUACAGCCACAACACGUACCGCUGGAAGUGGCUGCUGGGGAGCUUGUUGCUUCCGGGGUGCAUGCCAGCGCCGAGUGCAGCUUCAUAACAUUCGAGGACGGUGCCGUUUUCGGUUGUGGGUUGAACGGCGAUGGCCAGGUUGGACUUGGGUUUGUGAGCAUGGCCGUGCAGCAGCUUCAGGCAGUGCCUGCUGUGCGAAAGGCUUCCUGGAUAGGUGGUGGACUGCACAGCACCGCAGCGCUGGUGGAUGGACGCGUGUUCACUUGGGGCAAGGCGGAGGAAUGCGGCAUUGGCUUGGGGGAGAAGGUUUUGGAAGCUGCAUGCAUACUUGGGCUUCCAGCAUUGUUGCAGGACCCUCCGGUGCUGCAGCCUCGAGAAGUUCAGGGGCUUCCGAGAGUUCGAGCACUGCGUUGUGGAGGCCAUCACAUGUUGGCCAGCACGGAGGGCGGAGACCUAUUUGUGUGGGGUUGUGGCUUGACGCAUCAGCUCGCCAACCGGCCACGGGACGUGUCAAACCCCGCUGAUGCAGAUGAGGAGCCCACAGAUGAGCUGAGACCCUACCAAGUGUCUUCGAAGCAGCUGCAGUCGCGCUUUGUGAUUGUGGCAGAUGGGGGAGCUCAGCACAGCGUGGAGCUAGCAUUUGGUGGCCAGUACAGCACGCUCAGCCAGGACGGAGCUGCGCCCGUUAGUGCCAGUGUCUCGGCCGUUGUGAGUAGUGAUCCUGCCUCGGAGCCGCCGAUGAAGAGGAGAGCCACAGAGAAGGAAGUUGCAGAUGGCGUGCAGUCUGCAGUCGAUGGUGCGAGCAAGCUCAUCUUCGCUCCUGAGACUUCUCCUGAGUCUGUGAAGCCAACAGGCUUUGGUUUCGCGAGUGCUGGCACAAGCAGCACGGCCUUUGGCACAGGCACAGCUGGGUCACUGGUUUUUGGCUUCAGCGCGGGCACUCCUGCACAAUCUGGCGGUAUCGGCGCACCUGGAAGUUUUGGCAGCGGCUUUGGCCAGAGCGGCAGCGGCACGGGUGCUGUCACCUUCGGUUUCGGAAGCCAAGCCGUCACCUUUGGAACCACUGCAGAUUCCGCACUGGCCAGCGCCAAGACGAAGGUGUUGGAAGAGCAGCCGGACUUCACAACGACAGGGAAGGUACCUGUCGGAGAUGUUUUUGUUCAUGGAAGUGGCGAAUGCGAUCAGCUAGGUUUGGGUGAUGAUAUGCGUGAGCGCAAGAAGCCCACGAUCUUGAAAUCCCUAAUCGGGAAAAGCAUUUGCGAAAUUGCUGUCGGUGCCAUGCACGUUCUCUGCCUUUCCACAGGGGGAGCUUUGUACAGCUGGGGCUGCAACGAUGACGGGGCCCUGGGCAGAGCUCCUUCGGAUGGUUCGGACGGUGGCCCGUCGGAUGUAGAGCCACAUCUGGUGACAAUGCCAAGUGGAGUCGCCGUUCGCCAUGUUUCGUGUGGAGACUGCCAUAGCUGUGCCUUGGAUGAGAAGCGCCGGGUCUGGUUAUGGGGAACGUACAAGGAUUCCAACGGUUAUAUCGGCAUCGCACAGAAGCGCAAGCAGGAAGCGGAGGUCCUGGAGAAGAGCGCAGAACCGACGCUGGUCCUGGAGGGGUGCCUGCAAAUUGCAAGUGGUGCCAACCACACGGUGGCGCUAGCAGCUCCGAGUGGUCACUAUCAGGUGUUUGCGUGGGGCUCUAAUGCCACGGGACAGCUUGGUCUGCAAGACGCUUGUGGAUUCUCCGAGCGCACCCUGCCGUGCUCGGGCAGCGUUGCAGGCCUGGCACCGCGUGAAGGCGGAGGCUGUGAAGUCGCUGGCGAGCAGGUCGUGCGCAUUCAUGAAGCUGAUGGCUCUGUGCGUGCUGCUACUUCCAUGACUGCCGAACAGGUCCAGCAAGCCGUGGUGCAAGGUGCAACUGCCCUGGUUCUGCAGGUUGCAGAGCGAGAGGUCCCCAAACCAGAGAAGCAGAAACUGCUACAGCCACAACACGUACCGCUGGAAGUGGCUGCUGGGGAGCUUGUUGCUUCCGGGGUGCAUGCCAGCGCCGAGUGCAGCUUCAUAACAUUCGAGGACGGUGCCGUUUUCGGUUGUGGGUUGAACGGCGAUGGCCAGGUUGGACUUGGGUUUGUGAGCAUGGCCGUGCAGCAGCUUCAGGCAGUGCCUGCUGUGCGAAAGGCUUCCUGGAUAGGUGGUGGACUGCACAGCACCGCAGCGCUGGUGGAUAGACGCGUGUUCACUUGGGGCAAGGCAGAGGAAUGCGGCAUUGGCUUGGGGGAGAAGGACCCUCCGGUGCUGCAGCCUCGAGAAGUUCAGGGGCUUCCGAGAGUUCGAGCACUGCGUUGUGGAGGCCAUCACAUGUUGGCCAGCACGGAGGGCGGAGACCUAUUUGUGUGGGGUUGUGGCUUGACGCAUCAGCUCGCCAACCGGCCACGGGACGUGUCAAACCCCGCUGAUGCAGAUGAGGAGCCCACAGAUGAGCUGAGACCCUACCAAGUGUCUUCGAAGCAGCUGCAGUCGCGCUUUGUGAUUGUGGCAGAUGGGGGAGCUCAGCACAGCGUGGAGCUAGCAUUUGGUGGCCAGUGCAGCACGCUAAGCCAGGACGGAGCUGCGCCCAUUAGUGCCAGUGUCUCGGCCGUUGUGAGUAGUGAUCCUGCCUCGGAGCCGCCGAUGAAGAGGAGAGCCACAGAGAAGGACGUCGCAGAUGGCGUGCAGUCUGCAGUCGAUGAUGCGAGCAAGCUCAUCUUCGCUUCUGAGACUUCUCCUGAGUCUGUGAAGCCAACAGGCUUUGGUUUCGGAAGUGCUGGCACAAGUGGCACGAGCUUUGGAACAGGCACAGCCGGGUCAGUGGUUUUCGGCUUCAGCGCAGGAACUGCCGCCCAAUCCAUCGAAGAAAGCAUGAGGCUCCCCCAGGAAAACUGCUUCGCUGGCUUCGCGAACUUGGAUGAUGGCAAGUGGAAGUGCGACACCUGCUCCUUGCGCUGGGAUGAGAGCACGAUCCAAUGCAAGGCCUGUGAAAGCUACAAGCCGGGCUUUUCUGCAGAAGAUGCAGCCAAGAUUGAGGCCGAGAAGGAAGCCCGCAAGGCCUCGACCAUAGCCAUGUUUCGAAGCUCAUCCGAUGCAAAACCGACAGGCUUUGGUUUCGGGAGCGCUAGCACAAGUGGCACGGCCUCUGGCACAAGCACAGCUGGGUCACUGGUUUUUGGCUUCAGUGCGGGCACUCCUGCACAAUCUGGCGGUGCUGGCGCACCUGGAAGUUUUGGCAGCGGCUUCGGCAGUGGCUUCGGCAGCGGCUUUGGCCAGAGCGGCAGCGGCACGGGUGCUGUCACCUUCGGUUUCGGAAGCCAAGCCGUCACCUUUGGAACCACUGCAGAUUCCGCAGUUGCCAAAUCAAGGAGUUGGACUGAUGAUGGCAUAGCGCCUGGGUUCAAACAAAGGAGUUGGACGAAGGUGUUGGACGAGCCGCCGGACUUCACUGCGACAGGGAAGGUACCUGUCGGAGAUGUUUUUGUUCAUGGAAGUGGCGAAUGCGAUCAGCUAGGUUUGGGUGAUGAUAUGCGUGAGCGCAAGAAGCCCACGAUCUUGAAAUCCCUAAUCGGGAAAAGCAUUUGCGAAAUUGCUGUCGGUGCCAUGCACGUUCUCUGCCUUUCCACAGGGGGAGCUUUGUACAGCUGGGGCUGCAACGAUGACGGGGCCCUGGGCAGAGCUCCUUCGGAUGGUUCGGACGGUGGCCCGUCGGAUGUAGAGCCACAUCUGGUGACAAUGCCAAGUGGAGUCGCCGUUCGCCAUGUUUCGUGUGGAGACUGCCAUAGCUGUGCCUUGGAUGAGAAGCGCCGGGUCUGGUUAUGGGGAACGUACAAGGAUUCCAACGGUUAUAUCGGCAUCGCACAGAAGCGCAAGCAGGAAGCGGAGGUCCUGGAGAAGAGCGCAGAACCGACGCUGGUCCUGGAGGGGUGCCUGCAAAUUGCAAGUGGUGCUAACCACACGGUGGCGCUAGCAGCUCCGAGUGGUCACAAUCAGGUGUUUGCGUGGGGCUCUAAUGCCACGGGACAGCUUGGUCUGCAAGACGCUUGUGGAUUCUCCGAGCGCACCCUGCCGUGCUCGGGCAGCGUUGCAGGCCUGGCACCGCGUGAAGGCGGAGGCUGUGAAGUCGCUGGCGAGCAGGUCGUGCGCAUUCAUGAAGCUGAUGGCUCUGUGCGUGCUGCUACUUCCAUGACUGCCGAACAGGUCCAGCAAGCCGUGGUGCAAGGUGCAACUGCCCUGGUUCUGCAGGUUGCAGAGCGGGAGGUCCCCAAACCAGAGAAGCAGAAACUGCUACAGCCACAACACGUACCGCUGGAAGUGGCUGCUGGGGAGCUUGUUGCUUCCGGGGUGCAUGCCAGCGCCGAGUGCAGCUUCAUAGCAUUCGAGGACGGUGCCGUGUUCGGCUGUGGGUUGAACGGCGAUGGCCAGGUUGGACUUGGGUUUGUGAGCAUGGCCGUGCAGCAGCUUCAGGCAGUGCCUGCUGUGCGAAAGGCUUCCUGGAUAGGUGGUGGACUGCACAGCACCGCAGCGCUGGUGGAUGGACGCGUGUUCACUUGGGGCAAGGCAGAGGAAUGCGGCAUUGGCUUGGGGGAGAAGGACCCUCCGGUGCUGCAGCCUCGAGAAGUUCAGGGGCUUCCGAGAGUUCGAGCACUGCGUUGUGGAGGCCAUCACAUGUUGGCCAGCACGGAGGGCGGAGACCUAUUUGUGUGGGGUUGUGGCUUGACGCAUCAGCUCGCCAACCGGCCACGGGACGUGUCAAACCCCGCUGAUGCAGAUGAGGAGCCCACAGAUGAGCUGAGACCCUACCAAGUGUCUUCGAAGCAGCUGCAGUCGCGCUUUGUGAUUGUGGCAGAUGGGGGAGCUCAGCACAGCGUGGAGCUAGCAUUUGGUGGCCAGUACAGCGCGCUCAGCCAGGACGGAGCUGCGCCCGUUAGUGCCAGUGUCUCGGCCGUUGUGAGUAGUGAUCCUGCCUCGGAGCCGCCGAUGAAGAGGAGAGCCACAGAGAAGGAAGUUGCAGAUGGCGUGCAGUCUGCAGUCGAUGGUGCGAGCAAGCUCAUCUUCGCUCCUGAGACUUCUCCUGAGUCUGUGAAGCCAACAGGCUUUGGUUUCGCGAGUGCUGGCACAAGCAGCACGGCCUUUGGCACAGGCACAGCUGGGCCGGUGGUUUUUGGCUUCAGCGCGGGCACUCCUGCACAAUCUGGCGGUAUCGGCGCACCUGGAAGUUUUGGCAGCGGCUUUGGCCAGAGCGGCAGCGGCACGGGUGCUGUCACCUUCGGUUUCGGAAGCCAAGCCGUCAACUUUGGAAUCACUGCAGAUUCCGCACUGGCCAGCGCCAAGACGAAGGUGUUGGAAGAGCAGCCGGACUUCACUGCGACAGGGAAGGUACCUGUCGGAGAUGUUUUUGUUCAUGGAAGUGGCGAAUGCGAUCAGCUAGGUUUGGGUGAUGAUAUGCGUGAGCGCAAGAAGCCCACGAUCUUGAAAUCCCUAAUCGGGAAAAGCAUUUGCGAAAUUGCUGUCGGUGCCAUGCACGUUCUCUGCCUUUCCACAGGGGGAGCUUUGUACAGCUGGGGCUGCAACGAUGACGGGGCCCUGGGCAGAGCUCCUUCGGAUGGUUCGGACGGUGGCCCGUCGGAUGUAGAGCCACAUCUGGUGACAAUGCCAAGUGGAGUCGCCGUUCGCCAUGUUUCGUGUGGAGACUGCCAUAGCUGUGCCUUGGAUGAGAAGCGCCGGGUUUGGUUAUGGGGAACGUACAAGGAUUCCAACGGUUAUAUCGGCAUCGCACAGAAGCGCAAGCAGGAAGCGGAGGUCCUGGAGAAGAGCGCAGAACCGACGCUGGUCCUGGAGGGGUGCCUGCAAAUUGCAAGUGGUGCUAACCACACGGUGGCGCUAGCAGCUCCGAGUGGUCACAAUCAGGUGUUUGCGUGGGGCUCUAAUGCCACGGGACAGCUUGGUCUGCAAGACGCUUGUGGAUUCUCCGAGCGCACCCUGCCGUGCUCGGGCAGCGUUGCAGGCCUGGCACCGCGUGAAGGCGGAGGCUGUGAAGUCGCUGGCGAGCAGGUCGUGCGCAUUCAUGAAGCUGAUGGCUCUGUGCGUGCUGCUACUUCCAUGACUGCCGAACAGGUCCAGCAAGCCGUGGUGCAAGGUGCAACUGCCCUGGUUCUGCAGGUUGCAGAGCGGGAGGUCCCCAAACCAGAGAAGCAGAAACUGCUACAGCCACAACACGUACCGCUGGAAGUGGCUGCUGGGGAGCUUGUUGCUUCCGGGGUGCAUGCCAGCGCCGAGUGCAGCUUCAUAGCAUUCGAGGACGGUGCCGUGUUCGGCUGUGGGUUGAACGGCGAUGGCCAGGUUGGACUUGGGUUUGUGAGCAUGGCCGUGCAGCAGCUUCAGGCAGUGCCUGCUGUGCGAAAGGCUUCCUGGAUAGGUGGUGGACUGCACAGCACCGCAGCGCUGGUGGAUGGACGCGUGUUCACUUGGGGCAAGGCAGAGGAAUGCGGCAUUGGCUUGGGGGAGAAGGACCCUCCGGUGCUGCAGCCUCGAGAAGUUCAGGGGCUUCCGAGAGUUCGAGCACUGCGUUGUGGAGGCCAUCACAUGUUGGCCAGCACGGAGGGCGGAGACCUAUUUGUGUGGGGUUGUGGCUUGACGCAUCAGCUCGCCAACCGGCCACGGGACGUGUCAAACCCCGCUGAUGCAGAUGAGGAGCCCACAGAUGAGCUGAGACCCUACCAAGUGUCUUCGAAGCAGCUGCAGUCGCGCUUUGUGAUUGUGGCAGAUGGGGGAGCUCAGCACAGCGUGGAGCUAGCAUUUGGUGGCCAGUACAGCACGCUCAGCCAGGACGAAGCUGGCACCGGCUCACGCAUGGAAACGGAGAUGGAGGAACCCCCUGCAAAACGCCUACGAGCUCUUGAGGUGGCCGAAAUGGAUGCUGCCUUGGCUCCGGAGGUUCUGCGGGAGGUGCUGCGCUGUUUUUCUGGUCCCAUGCUUCAUGAGCCUCCUGCGGUGAGCUUCGGCAAGACGCCGAGCCCUCAGCAGCUUAAGACACUGUGGUCUCCACGCUCCUCAGCUUCGCAGAUGGAGGUCAACACUCCGAUCAAAGAGCCUUCGUCUGACCAGGAGGAGCUCGAGGAGCACAUGAUGGCUCAGAUGUCGUGCUUACGGCGGAGCACUCUCGAAGAACUGCUGCUGCUGGCAUCACGCCAUGACGAGCGCAUCGGUAAACGGAUAGCAGCGCACCACUCGGAGAUAGCCGACCGGCCGAUCAUUUGA